AUGCCCCCGGCGUGUCUGGCUCUUAUAUACUUUGACAAAGAAGAGAUGGGAAUGAAUGUUGGUAGGGUUGGUGUUCCAUUGAUUCAGUCUUGGACGACGAAUCUUAUAAUGGAACGAAUUGCGAAAGAGGAGAAUUUGGACUUGGUAGAUCCCAUUUCCGGCCAAUUUCCCGAGCCUCGUUUACUGCAUCCGGAGGCGCAAAAGGCUUUUCAUACCUUGAAGAAAUCUUUUCUUGAACAGCUGCAAAAUAUCAUCAUCAUGGACGCUGCCUUGAUGGGUCAAGGUUCUGAAACAACAACCCAAAAAAUUCAUGAAAAAGGGAAGGAUGUGAGCGAGAUGGACAGUCCUGAUUUCGAUGAUGGUUGUCACAAAUUUCCAUCAACUUCCACUUCUACUCUGAAUAAGGCAGGGAAAGGCAUUCCCACGGAUGAAAUGGAUGAGGAUAGGAUUAGCUGUUUUGAAAAUGUUGAGAAUGCUCGUGACAUGCCGUUGUACACGCCAGAGCACAUGAUGGAGGAAGUUGUACACACCUCCAUUAUGGAAAAAUGUGGAAGUCAGACGGGUGUCACAAUUGACCAACACAAAGAAGUACAACUGGAACAGGAAGUCGUUGUGGAAAACCAAGGGAAAGGUGACGUACAAGGUGAAGAAGUUCAAGUUCAAGUACUGGUGGAUGAAGGAGUUGUACAAGAACACGCUUUGACUCGACCAUCAAAGAAACGGGGUAAUAUGACAGUCAAAGCAAGUAAAGUUAUAAGGACCCCGUAUGUGGCAGAAUCGGAGGUGAAAGAUUCGAAGUUCACAAAAGAAGAAAGUGAAUUGAUUGAAUAUGUUAUGAAACCAGCUCGGAAAAAAGAAGAUAUGGCAGAUGUUGUUAGUAUGGAUGGCAUGACAUUCAAACCAUCGCGAACUGAUUUACGGAAUGUCUUCAAAGAAAGGGGUCGGAUGUCGAAUUUGGUCAUGGAUAACAUGAUUGUUUGGUUGAUGAAAGAGGAAAAAGAGAGGUCUCCAAAAAAAUACGGAGUCUCCAUUCCGAGACGGCACAUGUUCUCAAGCACAUUUGUGGAAAAUUUGCGAAAUAUAAGAACAUUAAAGAAGCAGAAUGUGUUGACCGACAGAGUUGAUCCAAAUAUUCUUGGAUAUGAUGUCGCGAUGUGCAAUUUGCUGUUUCUGCCGAUUUUGUUGGCGACAGCUAACCAUUGGUUUUCUGUUGUUAUAAACCUUGUUGACAAGCGUAUUGAUAUCCUUGAUUCCAUGAAGCUAAAAAGUGAAGAAAAGACCUUAGCUACUGCGGAUGUGGUAUCGGCGCUGUUUACUAUUUUGAAGCGGACAAGGCCCAUGGAUUACCCAUGGAAGAAUUGGAUUAUCCACCACCCAGAUGUCCCACAACAAAAUAACAUAUUCGAUUGUGGGUUUUAUACCUUAAGGUUUAUGGAGCACUGGACUGGGGGAAGGAUGAAUACACGCGAACUAGAGGGUAACAUGGGUAUUGAUAUGCGAAUGAGGCUACUCGUACGAUUUAUAUUAUCCCCGCACAACAACAGGCGAGAUGAUGUACUGCAGAAGUGCAGAUAAAAUUUCCCGGGUACCCUUGCAUUCGUCAUGAAGGUUGGGAAUGUUUUUUCAUAACU